AUGGUGCUCAGCCGAAGUACGCCUGAGAACCCGUUUGCUACUCUGAUUCCGGAGCAACAAUUCGCCAUCAUUCCCGAGUUCACUCUCGAAUCGGGUGUCACUCUUCACAAUGUACCCGUAGCCUACACCACGAGGGGCAAGCUCUCGCCCAACGGCGACAAUGCCAUGGUCAUCUGCCAUGCCUUAACCGGUAGCGCUGAUGUCAGUGAUUGGUGGGGACCACUCCUUGGAGGUCCCGGCAGAGCUUUCGAUACUUCGCGGUUCUUCAUCGUCUGUAUGAACGCUCUGGGAAGUCCUUACGGCACUGCUAGCCCGGUCACUGCCAAGGACGGAGAUCCGUCAAAGGGCAGAUACGGCCCCGAGUUUCCCUUGACUACAAUCCGCGAUGACGUCAACCUUCACAAGCUCCUGUUGGAUGAUCUUGGCGUUAAGCAGAUUGCCGCAGUCAUUGGUGGAUCAUUGGGUGGCAUGUUUGUGUUGGAGUGGGCGUACCUUGGCAAGGAAUACAUCAGAUGCGUCGUGCCCAUCGCGACAUCAAGCAGACACAGCGCAUGGGGUAUCAGCUGGGGUGAAGCCCAACGGCAGAGCAUCUACGCCGACCCGAAGUACGACGACGGCUACUACUCCUUUGAUGAUCCCCCAUCGACCGGUCUCGGCGCCGCUCGCAUGUCUGCUCUCUUGACCUACCGCAGCCGCAACUCUUUCGAGUCGCGGUUCGGACGCAACACCCCCGACCCAUCUAGGCGGCAAACCAUCCGCGAGAGGCCUAGGCCCAGCACGCCGUCCGAGGCUCACUUUCACAUCCAUAACGACGGCCACAACGUCAAGCGGGUCAGCCUCUCACGUCAGAACAGCCAGGGCGGUACAGUAGAGACACCGGUAAACGGGACAACAGCCGAUGCGGUCACGGAGGCACUGGACCCCCAGUUCCACGGUCCUCAGACGGAGAGCCUGACUGGGGGCGACAAGCUCCCUACAUCGACCUACUUCUCCGCGCAGUCCUACCUGCGUUACCAGGGACAGAAGUUCGUCAAGCGUUUCGAUAGCAACUGCUACAUCGCCAUGACAAGAAAGCUGGACACGCACGACGUCUCCCGGGACCGAGCCCCGACGAUCGCUGAGGCUUUGGCCUUGAUCGAGCAGCCCACCCUGGUCCUGGGUAUUGAGAGCGACGGACUCUUCACGUUCGCUGAGCAAGAGGAGAUCGCGGAGCACGUCAAGAACGCCAGGCUUGAGCGAAUCGACAGCCCCGAGGGCCACGAUGCAUUUUUGCUUCAGUUCGAGCAGGUGAACCGCUACGUGCUGGACUUUUUGAAACAGACACUGCCGGAUAUCAUGGACAAGAAGGGCGAGGAGGUGGAGGAGUCCGGCGUUGGUCAGCUGACCAAGAGCAGCACAUUUGGAGAGGCCGAGGUGGAGGAUAUUACCGCAUGGUAG